AUGUCCGUCCGCAUCACCCGGGUGAGUCUAUGUAAUGCAGAGAACAGUAUGAAGAGCGGAGUUGUUGGCAAGAUGGCGGUGAAGCCCGUACUGCGGCCCCGAACGGCCCUGGGUGAUAUUGGGAACAAAGCGGAUGCCAAGAUGCCCCUAAAGAAGGAUCAGAAACCUGCAAUAAAAGUUGUGAGGAAAGUGAAGGCGGCAGAGAAGAUUCCGGAGACAAAGAAGGUGAAGGAGGAGGCGGUCUCUGUGAAGCCGCAGCCUGUGCAGGUGGAAGCCCCCAGCUCCCCCAGCCCUAUGGAGACAUCCGGCUGCCACCCAGAUGAGCUGUGCCAGGCCUUCUCGGAUGUCCUCAUUCAGGUGAAGGAUGUGGAUGCUGAGGACUGUGGGAAUCCCAUGUUGUGCAGUGAAUACGUGAAGGACAUCUACUGCUAUCUGAGGAGUUUGGAGGAUUCCAUGGCAAUAAGGCCGAACUAUCUCCAAGGCCAGGAGGUGACGGGUAACAUGCGGGCCAUUCUCAUUGACUGGCUGGUCCAGGUUCAGAUGAAGUUCCGCCUUCUACAGGAGACCAUGUUCAUGAGCGUUGGGAUCAUUGACCGAUUCUUGCAGGCUCACCCAGUUCCCAAAAACCAGCUCCAGCUUGUAGGAGUGACGGCCAUGUUCCUUGCCUCAAAGUACGAAGAGAUGUAUCCUCCAGAGAUUGGGGACUUCACCUUUGUGACUGAUCACACCUACACAAAGGCCCAGAUCAGGGAGAUGGAGAUGAAGAUUCUUCGUGUCCUGAAAUUCGGAAUUGGUCGCCCUCUCCCUCUGCACUUCCUCAGGAGGGCCUCUAAGAUCGGAGAGGUGACGGCAGAGCAGCACAGUCUGGCCAAGUAUCUGAUGGAACUGGUCAUGGUGGACUAUGAGAUGGUUCAUUACCCUCCCUCUCAGAUUGCAGCUGCUGCAUCCCGCCUAUCCAUGAAGGUCUUCAAUGGUGGGGACUGGACCCCGACACUGCAACACUACACCUUGUAUUCCGAAGACUCGCUGCUUCCUAUAAUGCAGCACAUGGCCAAGAAUGUUGUGAAGGUGAACAAAGGACUCACAAAGCAUAUGACUGUGAAGAAUAAGUAUGCCAGCAGCAAACAGAUGAAGAUAAGUGCCAUUCCUCAGCUGAGGUCGGAGGUCAUUGUGGAGCUGGCACAAGCUGUGAUGCCAUGAGGAAGAAAUCUGUAGCCAUUUGGUGAUUUUACUGUGUUGGCACUGUGUGCUUCUGUAAAUAGAUUUUGUUUUUAAUAAAGUUCAUU